UACCAACAGGCGGGACUGUAGACUCGAAGGAAGGUAAAGGUGAGCCGCUGUGUAGAGCACGCCAACUCCAAAAAUAGUUGUUUUUCUUUUUUAUUUCGCUAUUUAAGUCGUCGCUGUGUAAGGUUGCCGAGAGAAUGGUAAAGGAGGAGAAUGAGUCGCCCAACCGGCCUGACAACACUGCCUUCACCCAACAGAGGCUCCCAGCGUGGCAGCCCAUGCUCUCCGCCGGCAUCGUCAUCCCUGGGUUUGUCCUCAUCGGUCUGGCCUUCAUCGGCAUCGGCGUUGCCCUCUUGAUCACUUCUCGCAACAUCCAAGUACUGGAGCUUGACUACACAGGCACGGAGCAGAACUCGCCAUGCUUUCAGUGCUCGGACCCUGACCAGCAGGACUGUGUUUGCACACUACAGUUCUCGAUCAACAGCCUGUUUGAGGGGCCGGUGUUCUUUUAUUACGGCUUGUCCAACUACUUCCAGAACUACAGAAGGUACGGUGUCUCCAGAGAUGACGGCCAGCUUUAUGGAGACUUGUCUUACUUCAAGGAACCCUACGAUCAAUGCGAGCCCUAUCGAUUUGACCGCAACAAGCGCCCGAUUGUGCCGUGUGGCUCGGUAGCAAACUGUAUCGCUGUGUACACGUUCAGGCUGUUCCAGAUUGUGAACGGCCAGCAGAAGGAGGUGCCCUUGGAUGGGAAAGGGAUCGCUUGGUGGACCGAUUACAACAUCAAGUUUAGAAACCCCACUGUCACGCCCCUGAGGAACGCAUUCAAUAGCACCGCGAAGCCGCUGUUUUGGCCCAGGCCGGCUUACGAGCUGGACCCCUCUGACCCUGCCAACAAUGGUUUCAUCAACCAAGACUUCCUGGUGUGGAUGCGAAGGGCCGCGCUGCCGGAUUUCCGUAAACUUUACCGGCGGAUCACCGAGGGGGACUAUGCCAAUGGCCUGCCAGCAGGAAACUAUUCUCUGGAAAUCGCUUACAACUACCCAGUGCUGAGCUUCAGCGGCAGAAAGAUGGUGGUGUUCAGCAACGUGUCAUGGAUGGGGGGCAAGAACGAAUUCCUGGGUAUUGCCUACCUGGUGAUCGGCACGCUGUGCGUCGUGAUGUCAGUGGUCAUGCUCAUUGUCUACGCCAAAUUCAAGUUCCCAGAGGAGGACUGAGCAAAGCCUCGUGAGGAUAAGCGGUUCAGAUCAUGGAUGGAUGGAUAGAUUAACUUCAUAACUCUGUAUUCAAGAGAGUUUUUGUCUCAGGGUUUGUUUAUUUGUUUGUUGCCGUGUUUUAGUUCUUCCAUUUUACGUCAUAGGAUUCCUUUUUUUAAAUGAACAACCAUUUACACAUUGACAGAAUUACAUUAGCACAUUAACAAAUUAAACAGUGAACGGAUGAUGUAAAUACAGGAAUUGGAAUUUCAAUCAAGGCUGUACAGUUAAAAUUUUUUGUCGUGUUUUGCUUCAUGUUAAUAUUUAUGCAAUAAAACAAUGGAAAACCAUCCUAAAGCUU